AUGAGCUCGCCCUCUGUCCAAGUCCAACAUCAACCCUCCAGCGGCACCAAGCCUGUUACCUCGCCCUCAACCACCGAUUCCGGACCUACCUCAAUGAACUUCGAUAUCGUCCGUUGCUCGAGGUGCCAGCGCUCUAUGAGCCUCGAAAACGGAUCUACCCCAGGCGUCGUUCGUUUCGGCAUGAAUUCAUACUACUGCAGUCGCUGUGCAUCCAUGGUCGGCUUCAUUCGCUGA